CGGGGAUGAUCACGUGACCAAAACGCGGCUGAAGUCGGCAAAAAUAAAACGAAAGCUGCAUAUUCACCCGACGUCACACCACUAUCAAUAUAAUCCCCGGUGGUAUUAGCCCUCCCAGAGGGUUCAAUUCGAAGAUAGAAGAUGAAAUUAUCACCUAGCAUUCCUCAAUUCCUUCUCCCUCGCGGCAUUUCAUCUCACACAUUGCGAUAUGCCGCCGCAACGCGAGGCUUUUCAUCCUCGUUCAGAUGGCAACGCAGCCGGACGGGAGGAAAAGAAAAGGAGGCAAGCGACAAACCUCGGACUCUAGCCCAACCCGACAAAUUCAGGCCCCCAUCGCAUCCUGCUCGUCGUGUGCUGCCGACUCGCAAUGGCAAACCGGUCAUAGUGAAAGAGCCAUUUAAUUAUCCUGGCCCGCCACAAUCGGCAGUGGAGAAAGAAGCACAAAAGACGAAGAGAUAUCCAAACAUGUUUCCACCAGAGGGGACAGUGAUGCAUAAAUUCUUGACGACGCGGUGGAUACAUGCAUGGAUUGCAAUGGGCGUCCUAACUACCCUUGCUACAUUCACAUUCACUGAAAACUUCAAACGUACCUCCCCUUUCGCUCAUCUUCUUCCACCGUGGUCCGGCUUCCUCAGUCACCCUAUCAACACCGUUUCGCAGGCGGUAUCUGUGUGGAAAAUGCACGUCGAGCACAACUCCGUUGUGGCGCGUGAAAACCGGCACAAACGCAUUGACGAUGCCGAGAAGCGCCGCCAGUACCGGAUUGCGCAUGGGUUGGAGGAACCGGCUCAUGCUGGGGCUUCUGUAGUUGAGGAUGACCAGUCGCCAAUUGCUGCAGGCGCUGCAGAUACAAUGAUCCCCAUGCAACAGAUACAGACGGAAGCUUCGGGUGACAGCCAGCAGUUUCGAGAAGGCCAGAAACGGCCGGUGAAGAAGUGGCUGGGGAUUUGGUAGUGAGAUUGGCUACAUGUUAUUAUAUUUCUCUUGCAGCUUGGGCAUAUACUGGCACUGACUCGACCAAAUAGUGAUGCCAUACUCAACUAUGAUGGCUGCAAAAAGACCCGAAACGGAACAUAGAAAUAUCAAUUCUAAAUUAUCUACAGCAUGAUUAAUAUUGUAGAAACGAUAUAUUAUUGUUAUUAAAUAUGAUGUUAAAUAUACUUAUUAAAUAUUGUAAAGUUAAGUUUAGUUACUAUAGAAGUUUACAAA